AUGGAUGCGACUGCACAUGUCCUCUAUGCCGCCAAUGAUCUCCAUGCUCGCGCUGGCGGUAUGGGCGGCGACACCGCCAGUCGCCCAGGCUCAUACAAAAUUAUUGGUCUUGUUCUAGCCAUUGCAUCCGGCGUUUUUAUCGGCACAUCAUUCGUUAUCAAGAAGCAUGGCCUGUUACAAGCCAACGAAAAGUACAAUGAAGAGGCCGGAGAGGGCUAUGGAUACCUCAAGAACGCCUGGUGGUGGCUCGGCAUGACCCUGAUGAUUCUUGGAGAGGUGUGUAAUCUGGUCGCAUAUGCUUUCACUGACGCUAUCCUCGUCACCCCCAUGGGAGCCUUAUCUGUCGUCAUUUGCGCCAUACUGUCCACCAUUUUCUUGAAAGAGCGCCUCAGUUUUGUAGGAAAAGUCGGGUGUUUCAAUUGCAUCAUCGGAUCUGUCGUCAUCGCAGUGAAUGCUCCCGAGCAGUCGUCUGUUGCGCGCAUUCAAGACAUGAAGCGAUGGGUCAUUGCGCCUGGCUUUCUCAGCUACGCGGGCGUCGUCAUCAUCGCAUGCGUUGUCAUCGCCCUCUGGCUGGGUCCCAAGUACGGCAAGAAGACCAUGAUGGUGUACAUCACCAUCUGCAGUCUGAUUGGAGGUUUGAGUGUCGUCGCAACCCAAGGUCUUGGUGCAGCUGUCGUCGCUCAGGCCUCUGGAAAAUACGGGGGACAGUUUAAGGAAUGGUUCCUUUACGUCCUCCUAGUCUUCGUGGUCAUCACUUUGCUCACCGAGAUCAUCUACCUCAACGGAUUCAAGGGCACGCCCCUGCAAAUCGUCACCGUCAUCAUGGGCUUCUUCCAGAUCUGCUCCGGUGUUGUGCUACUGCAGCUUUCGAAAUCUGCCAAAGACGUUCCGGACGCGGCGGUCUUCAAGGGAGACCUUGAUCAAGUGCGACAGGUCGCCGAGGUGGAAGAACCAGAAUACGAGCCUAGGGCUGACGCCCUUCGUGGUGGUAGUGCCAUCUUGCGCUCACUUUCUAGGGCGAGAUCUGAGAAAGAGGCAAUGGAAGUGCGCAAGAUCAAGGAAGAGCACAUGCAACCCAUCGGUGAAGGCGAGCAAGUCGAAUUCGACGGCAUCAGACGACGACGCACUAUCAUGGACCCCAACCGACCACUCACGCGAAGCGGUACCACCGUACAAACCAAGAUGGCUCAUCCACCGCUGGGUAUGUCUCACUUCCCGACAUACGAGUCGGACGACGACAACGAUAGCUUCCACCCUGGGUUUUUCCAAAGGCUGCGCUCGCGGGGCAAAUCGACUAGUAGUCGAGGGAGCGCGCAUGCAGUUGGCUCUUCUGGUGUCGGCAUGAAAAAUCUCCCUCCUAUACCUACGGACGGCGCUUCGGACGUUUCGGACAAAGACUCAUACAAAUACAACAUAACGCAAGAUACCUCGUACAAACCAAAUGACGCUCACAUCCAAUUUGCCGAGCUUCCCCAUCCCGGUAUGCCGCCCGAGCGUACCGCGUCUCCAAGUUCUCUUGAAGUACCAAGACAGCCUGCCAAUAUCGCCAAGCGCCAGUUCUCUUUCCAGAACGUCUUCCAUCGUAAUCGUGGCGACUCCACCGGAGAAGCAUCAGGGAGUAGAAGACCGACAAGUCGUAACAGUCGAAAGAGCAGUAGGGAUGGCAAAGACGUUGCUACUGAAGAAGAGCGACUGGGUCUGGUCAAGGGCGACUCAUCCAAUCUGCUACCUAUAGCAAGUCACAUAAGCGAAGAGCCCAAUCUGGUCUCAUACUCAGACGAACCAGACUGGUCAAUGCCACGGAGUCAAAGCCCAGGCUACUCACCCAUCCGCUCGGCGCCGCCGCCACGAAGAGUUGAUACCGAAGACGACGUCGAUCCGCGCGACGACAAAGAGUUCGAGAAGGGCCGUCCAAACUCGAACGUUUUCUUGUAA